GUCGGGCCCUGCCCUGUACCCAUCACGGCUCCGUCUAUGUGACGCUGUGUGAUAGCCCCCGGGCUCUGAGGCUGUGGCCCCCGGGGAUGUGUCUCUUCGAGGGCCCCCAGUCCUGUUGCUCUCAGGUGAUGCGCAUUUCAGCUGUCACCAUGUCAUCCUGUGUCCCUCCAGAGCGGACAUCACUCAGCUCUCUGCAUCACUCUAUGGAGCCAUGAUGGGGACCAUGCAGCACAAAUCUGCAGUCCAGUUAGGGACUAAUUCACACCACUAUUCUUCCCUUGUCUGGACCAGCUUCUUCACAUCAGCACAAGCCCAAGCAGGUUCCUUACAGUUCUCCAUCUUCUGGAGCAUUUCUUGUCAUUUUGUUUUGAGGAAAUGGCCGGGAGAGGAGCAGCGAGGCCGAACGGUCAGUCUCAGGCCAGUAAGAUCUGUCAGUUUAAGUUGGUGUUGCUGGGUGAAUCGGCGGUCGGCAAGUCAAGUCUGGUGUUACGUUUUGUCAAAGGACAGUUUCAUGAAUUUCAGGAGAGCACAAUUGGAGCUGCAUUUCUUACACAGUCUGUCUGUCUGGAUGACACAACGGUAAAAUUUGAGAUCUGGGAUACAGCAGGGCAGGAGCGAUAUCAUAGCCUGGCACCCAUGUAUUAUCGGGGAGCACAAGCUGCAAUUGUGGUGUAUGACAUCACCAACCAGGAGACGUUUGCCAGAGCAAAGACCUGGGUUAAAGAGCUGCAGAGACAAGCCAGUCCAAACAUUGUCAUAGCCCUUGCUGGCAACAAGGCGGACCUCACUAACAAGCGCAUGGUGGAGUAUGAAGAAGCCCAGGCGUACGCAGAUGACAAUAGUCUGCUAUUUAUGGAAACCUCCGCCAAGACAGCCAUGAAUGUCAAUGACUUGUUUCUUGCAAUAGCUAAGAAGCUGCCAAAAAAUGAGCCCCAGAACACAAGUGGGGCAACUGGUCGGAGCCGGGGUGUGGAUCUCCAUGAGCAGACACAGCAGAACAAGAGCCAGUGCUGCAGCAAUUAAUACCGAGACUGGAGAGCAAAGGGGAUCCAAGAUAAGAUUAUAACCUCUCUUCCUGCACCUGCCCUUCCACCCUCCAGAAAUACAACUUAACACCCUUCCAGCACUUCACUCUUCUGCCAAGACUUUCCCUUCUGCACCCCUUCCUCCCCCCUCACCAAUGGAUAACAGCACACACACAUGGAAACAAGGCGAGCUGCUUGAAACUUCCCUUUCUACCCCCCACACCACUGCAGCCCUCAGAGAUCUCCCUGCUAACUGCACUAUUGUGGGUUUUAAUUUUUGUUUGUUCUUUUUAACGCUUCCAACAAACACACACAGACUACUUCUGGUGACACAGUAAAGGAUCGCAUCUUCUGGGGACCGCGACUUCUCAACAGAGCAAACAAGAAAAGAAGCAAAAAAAAAACAAACUGAUUCUACAUUGUAUUAUAGCUGCAUAUAGUGACUUUAAUAUUGAUUUUUUUUUUUUUUUUUUUUUACUUCAUGUAGGUUCCCCUCUACCCACCUACUACCUGUCUUCUACCUAUCACCUAUCCUUCUCCCUUCUUCAAUUUCUCUCUGUUUUUGCAGCCUGUCAAGUAUCCGUAGAUCUUGGAAGAAGCCUCGCGUUACUUACAAAUCUUGUGCUUGUACUUUUUUUUUCUUGUUUUUGCUUCGCCUGUCAAAUGCAUUAUUUGUGUGCCUGGAUAACUAUCGCUGGUAAAUGAUCCGUUCACAUUACUCUAGAUUUUGUCAGAGAACAUGAAGAACAGUUUCAUGGGGUGAGGUGUACUGGCGUACAUGUGAGUUUUAAGAUGAACAUAUGAGAUUUGCCUAUUACUGUAAGCACUACAAGGUGUGAGUACACCUCCCAUUGAUGGCAAUUGUGUGGUUAGUUCAGCCAGGGACUGCAGUGGCCUUUAAUAAUGUAGUGAAAAUAGAGCAUCACAUGGUGUCAUAGGGGAAACAUUAAAAUUGUUUGGGAUUCAAAGCACAUAAAAUGGUUUACAGAAACUUCAAGUUAAAAAACGGGAGCACAGUGUGUCUCAAUCAUCAAAAUGCUUUUAGCCAUCUGGUUUUCAGGGAUUUUAUACAGUGUCUGGAUUUUCCACCCAUUUGUGCAGCAGAUCCAGCUGCAGGUAUUUUUAUACUUGCAAUUUACUCUGAUAUAAGGAUGUAGCACUGCUAUAUAAGAGUGGUGGAAGCACCAUUGAUAUGUAUACAAUGGACAGUGACAGAUAAUGGAUUUCCAGCAUGGAAACACGUAUAAUACUUACCUGAUACUUACCUGGUCGGCGGAACCAAUCUCAUAUCAUUUGACUAAUCUCUUCUUUAAGCUGUGCAACUAUCGAGUAGGUUUUCAUAGUUGCUGAAUAAAUGGCCCUUUUUCUCCUCUCUUGAGGUCACAUACAGUAGUUACUAUAUUGAUUGAUUGUUAUUCUAUAGCUUCCAAGAAAACCUGUGUAUUCAGCGUGGCCACAAGCAGCAUGCACUUUAUUUCUCAGUUGGUGGAACGGUUGCUCUUCUGUUCAUUUAUACAUAUUUUCCGCUUUCAUUGUAUUAAGAAAUUCCAUGUUUUACUAUCAUGUAGCAAAUGGGCUGAUUGUAUCCUAUAUGAGAUCAUCCACCUCCUUUAAGAAUCAUGACUACCCUCUCACAUCCCAACAUACAUUAUUAACCACUCUUUACCCUAACAAGGAGAGUCAUCUAACUGAGACAAGCUGGGCCACAAUGUACCAAAUCUGACUCACAAGGCUCUGUUAAGUCUUAUCUAUACACCAGUUGGCAUGGCAGGUAUGUGCCUUUCUGUGUGUGUGUUUAAGUGUUCUUACUAAAUAAUGUUGGUGGCUUUACGGAUCUUCAGUUUACUCUUGAAAUGUGCCUUCCUUCCAUAGGUGGACAGGACUGUUGUUGAGGUGUACUACUAUUUACAUUUUGCUACUAUUAAUGUCCCAUUUGUGAGAGGGCUAGACAGCACGUGAAUGGCACAGGCUUAAAGGGGUACUCCACUCCUAGACAUCUUAUCCCCUAUCCAAAGGAU